AUGCCACGCACCAAAUCAUCCCCCAAGGCCUCCUCUCCCUCCUUGCAGGGCGUCGCUAUCGCUUUUGCCUCAUACUCACCCACUGCUCAUGACCACUUUGACAACAAGAACAUCACCCAGGUGAAGGCUGAGAUAGACAACUGCGGUGGAAAUCCCGUCUCCCGAGUUGGCCAGUGCACUUACCUCGUCGCCAGUGAAGAACAAAUUGACAGACAACUGCUGCGCAUCAGUGAGGCGCUGGAGAAUGGCGUGACAAUAGUCUCCUAUGACUGGCUAGCGGCCUCCCUCAUAUCUACUCAAGCAAUCGAUCCCCUUCCAUAUGUUCUCGCCCCGGCUGGUACCGGCGGUGAAGUUGACGCAGAGAGUGAUGCAGACGACCAGCUUACCCCGCAGAAGUCGAAGAAACACUUGAAGCGUGGACGACAAGGUGAGGAUAGUGGCGAGGAUCACGCGGUCGCAAAGAAGGCCAAGCACUCUUUCCCGGCAACAUCAGUGAUUGGGCCGAAAGAUGAAGCCUCUGCUCCCAAACCAGCAACCAUCCGCGUCCCUGUGGAUGUUACGUGCCGCAAUGCUGAUCAGUAUUGUGUCUAUGUCGAUGAGAACGGAACACCCUACGAUGCCACUCUCAGCAAAUCCGACUCCACUGUCAACAACAACAAAUUCUACAGAAUGCAGCUUCUGCACCACCUUGACUCCGAUGACUACUUCUCCUGGUGCCGUUGGGGUCGCGUUGGUGACACUGGUCUGAGUAAGAUGUUCGGAAACGGGACAUUGCAGUCCGCAAUCCGUGAGUUCCAGAAGAAGUUCAGAGAGAAGAGCGGCAACACUUGGGCCAAACGAGAUGUCUCACCAUCGCCAGACAAAUACACUUACAUUGAGUUCAACUAUGAAGAUUCUGACAACGAAGAGAAACCACGUACACAGCAAUCGACUCCCCGAAAGGAACGUGGCAUUGAUGAACAGAGCCAGACCGUCAGCAAGCUGGCCCCAGCUGUGCAGCGUCUGAUGAGUCUCAUCUUCGAUAUCCAACUCUUCAACAACACGAUGGCUAGCCUCGAUUAUGACGCGCUCAGAAUGCCACUGGGCAAGUUAAGCAAGAAGACUCUCCUCAGAGGUUACGAGGCGCUCAAAGAUCUUGCGAAUAUUAUCGCGGAUGCUCCUGGCAUGCCCUCAAGCCAAGCCAUCCAGGAGAAGAGCAACCAGUACUUCUCACUUGUCCCCCAUGUUGUCGAUCGCAGAUCUGUCCCUGUCUUGAACGACAUGGAUCUCAUUAAGCGCGAGAUCCAGCUGUUGGAAACACUGACAGAUAUGCAAUUGGCGAACGAGAUCAUGAAGUCUGCCAAGAUCGACAAGUACAAGCAGGAAAAGCUUCACAUUCUCGAUCGACAGUACCAAGGACUUGGAAUGCGAGAAAUGACCCCUUUGGAUGAUACCAGCAAAGAAUUCAAGGAAAUUGCCUCGUAUUUGUGCAACUCGGUGGGUAGUACUCACGGCAUAAAAUACACGCUACGCGAUAUCCUCCGAAUUGAGCGUGAUGGAGAAGCCGACCGGCUCGACACAUCCCUAUACGCGAAACUCGGCAAGAAGAGUGACCGGCGUCUCCUUUGGCAUGGUUCCCGCUGCAGCAAUUUCGGCGGUAUACUCAGUCAAGGCUUACGCAUUGCACCUCCCGAAGCUCCUUCUUCCGGAUACAUGUUUGGAAAAGGCAUCUAUCUUGCCGACAUGAGUAGCAAGAGUGCAGGGUAUUGUGCUUCUUCCAGCAGUGCCGGAACAGGUCUUCUGCUGCUUUGCGAAGCUGAAUUAGGCAAGCCGUCCCUCCGAUUGAUCCAUUCCGACUACGAAGCAGCCAGCCGCGCAAAGAAAGCUGGAAGCAUCUCUACAUGGGGUGUGGGCAAGACAGCACCAGUACAAUGGAAGGACGCUUCGUGCGUCCACAAGUCUCUGAAGGGUGUCAGCAUGCCUGAUGUCGCCUCGGUCCCUCCCGGUCCGUCCGGUGAAUCACAUGCCUCUCUACUCUACAACGAGUAUAUCGUCUACGACAUUGCUCAGAUCAAGCUCAGAUACCUAUUGCGGGUUGAAAUGAAUUGA